CUACUGUGAGUCACUAACACAGUUCUACCUGCAGAGGGCAGUGUCUGCAGCUCAAUAAGGAUUGAAAUACAACGAAGAAGGUGCCAAGGGCUGGUAAAGAUCGUCUGUUUCGAUGCCUGUCACCGUGGAGACAAUUUUGUCACAGAUCUGAUGUUGUUGUUUCACUAACAAAUACUCAUGAAGAGCGUAAGAUUUUUUGUCGUACAUAGUUGAGUAAAAUUCAUGCGAAUUAUUUUUGGAGCGCAAGAUUAUAUGCAGUACUAAGCCGCUGCUAAAGGUUGUCCGUUUUCGAAAGGUCUUUUCCACCACCAUAAAUUGGGUGCAGAGAAAGAGUUCCUGUAUAAUUGUUACUCUUCGUUGGGAGCAUGCUACUUGUUAUUAGCACAGCAGCUAGCAGAGAAAACGCUUCCAAGCUUUUGUUUUUUUGUUCCAAGUAGAAUUACUGACGUUACUUUUAACCCCUGAAUUCAUAAGACAGUCCUUUAGGGUUACUUAUGCAAUAACUCAUAUUUUGUAACAUUAUUUCCUCUCGCUUAGAAGUUGUUUAGUUUAUCUUAUUUACAAUUGCUGGUAAGGUUAGCUAUGUAUACAGAACUCAACAGUAUCCUGAACACCACCCCUGACAGUUUCACGCAGGGAGAGUUUAUCUUGGUCUCAGACAGGCAGAGUGAUGCCUCUUUCCUCAUGCACCACUUCCUAUCCUUUUACCUACGAGCGCGCUGCAAAGUGUGUUUUCUGGGCUUGGUGCAGUCCUUCAGUCACUACAAUGCAGUUGGUCAGAGGCUGGGUGUAAGUCUAGUACAGGCAAAGGAGAAAGGUCAGCUGAUUUUCUUUGAGGGACUGAAGGAGUCGCUGUCGGUUUUGAUUUCACAAGAAUCCAACACAAAAAGUCAGGCCAUUGACUUCCUCAGGGAUCCUUCUGUCGGCCUGCGGAGUUUGUACGAGUUUGUCCGUUGCACUGUAAGCAGCAGCUCUGGCGGUGGGGAGAAAGGGGCAGAUGGGGCAGAGGAGUGGGGACCCCCGGUGCUGCUGGUGGAUGACCUCAGUGUACUGCUGAGUUUGGGCGUGACCGUUGGAACCGUGCUGGACUUCAGCCACUACUGCCGAGCCACAGUCUGCUCUCAGCUACAGGGGAACAUGGUGAUGCUGACGCGCUGUGAUGGGGAAGAAGAAGCGGAUGACGGAGAUGAUGAAGGCUCAGAGAGGCUCCAUAGGGGCCUGACUCACCAGUGUAGCCUUACUCUUCAUGUACAGGGUCUCCCAACUGGCUACUGUAGGGACAUACAUGGACAGGUGGAAGUGUGUUGGAGGAGGAGACAAGGUGAUGGGCAGCACACACAGAAGAAACUAUUUCAGUACAAGGUCCAUGAUAAAGGAGCCUCCUUCUUUGCUCGUGGGACAUCCAGCGCUGUUCUCUAGUUGAACCUUUCCAUGUCUUUCUUAGCCUUUUGUCUCUCAUAUGUGACACUGACUCUUAUAUUUUAAUAUCACCAGACGAUACUGGUGGUUUCCAGUGUCAACAACCUGGUCUGGACCUUAUACUGUGCAGAAGAAGGACACUGUCAUCCUGCCAGCUGAAUCACUGAGUUGUUGCCAAUUUGUCAGAUUUUUUUUUUCAACAUUUCAAAUAAAAGUGAAAACAAAACGGCCCUUCAUUCUGGUUAUCAGGCUGGUCCGCUGAACUGUUGACUACAGACUUGUAGCCUACUAUUGUCUGUAUUGGUUGCGUGGAUUAAUUAUUUUUUGUAUAUUGACGGUGUGUUUUGCAUGCAGACAUUUAUGUUUAGUGAACACAAUAUGGACAGUGGACUGGUUGAUAAAGUGAAGAAACAAAUAAUGCACAAUGAUAAAUGUUUAUUUGCCCAAGGAAAUACUUCUUGAGUAAAUAAGAUGAUUAUUUUCACCAAGAAUCGUGUUUCGGCUUUAUAGAGCUGCAAGGUAACCAGAUGUUCUAAUAAUAGAAACAGUGGGAAAUGUGUUUAUCGUCGGUGCCAACAGUAGGGGUCGCUCGGUCCUCGCUGG